UCCCCUGACUGCUUAUACGGUGAAGGAGGCUCUCUGUGUUUACUCGAGGUUUCGAGCAAGCACGGUCUGAAAGACUGACAAAUAAAUAUUGAAGACGUUUUUGGAUGUAACCGGGAAACGGAUAUACUCGGGGCUGUUUUUUUCGACAUAUUCACAGAAUAACGAUCCUGUUUUUUAAUUGUAUUUUUCAAAUGAUGUCGACUGAGAGAUAUGUGUCCUCCAUAUCAUUAAGAUGGCGAUUGUUUUGUGGACUGCGACGGCAAAUCGGACUCCUUAUGCUGCUGCUUCAUGUGUUCAACAUCGUCGGUGGUCAGAUUCGGUAUUCUAUCCCAGAGGAGAUGAAGAAAGGCUCUGUUAUCGGUAAUGUAGCGCAAGAUCUUGGUUUGGAUCUGAGGAGGCUCCGCUCUGGGCGGGCCCGUAUCGUGACCGGAGAAAACGUUCACUACACCGAGCUGAAGACAGACAAAGGGAUUCUGGUGGUGAAUGAGAGAAUCGACCGAGAGCAGCUUUGCGGAGAUGUGACGCCGUGUAGCUUCAGUUUUGAGGUGAUUUUAGAAAAUCCAAUGGAACUGCACAGAAUCACUGUCGAGGUUUUAGAUAUAAACGAUCACGCUCCCGUAUUUCCAAACAGCGACAAACCUAUCAGCCUUGAAAUCAGUGAAUCAGCUACAGUUGGAGUGCAGUUUCCUUUGCAGAGUGCGGAGGAUCUGGAUGUAGGCCAAAAUGCUUUGCAAGAUUAUAUUUUAUCACCAAACGACAAUUUCAUAUUGAAGCAACAUGCAAAUCCAGAUGGAAGCAAAUAUGUUGAAAUGGUGCUGCAGAAACCUUUAGAUAGAGAACGACAUCCACAUUUGUCUUUGAAACUCAGCGCAGUGGACGGAGGGACACCACAGAGAUCUGGUACAGUAAAUAUAGAUGUUACCGUUUUAGAUGCUAACGACAACAUUCCUGCUUUUAACCAGUCGGUGUAUAAAGCAUCUGUGGUGGAAAACACAGUGAAAGGCACUCGAAUUAUCACAGUAAAUGCCACAGACGCUGACAGUGGUUCAUAUGGACUCAUUACUUACAGUUUGUCUAAAAUGAAAGGAAGUGCAGCGGACAUAUUCACUAUUGAUGGAAAAACUGGCACUAUUUAUGUUUCUGGUCAAAUAGAUUACGAAAAAGAUAAAAAAUACGAAGUGAGAGUCGAAGCAAAGGAUCAAGGUGGUUUAACUGGAACGAGUAAAGUUAUUUUCGAGGUCAUUGAUGUCAAUGAUAAUGUGCCAGUUAUAAGUAUUAUGUCAUUUUCCAGUCCAAUUUCUGAGGACUCGCCUACUGGUACAACUAUUGCUAUUUUAAAUGUAAAAGAUUCAGAUUCUGAGAGAAAUGGAGAAAUUAAAUGUUCUCUUGAGGGAAAACUUCCCUUUAAAAUUGAAUCAUCUCUAACAAACUAUUACAAUUUGAUCUCUGAUCAACACUUUGAUAGAGAAUCUGUCUCUGAAUAUAACAUAACAAUAACAGCCACCGAUUCUGGGUCUCCUCCUCUUUCCAGCUCAACUAAAUUACAUCUGAAAAUCUCUGAUGUCAAUGACAAUGCACCAUUAUUUGAUAAAAACAGUUAUUCUGCUUACAUCACAGAGAAUAAUUCUCCUGGGUUUUCUAUAUUUGCUGUCAGUGCUCAAGACUCUGAUUGGAAUCAAAAUGCCAGAAUCUCAUAUCUUUUAGAGGACACACAGGUCAGUGGGAGUCCAGUCUCUACUUAUUUGUCUUUGAACUCUGAAAGUGGAGUUCUCAGUGCAGUUCGAUCCUUUGAUUAUGAGCAAAUCAAACAGCUUCAGCUGGUAGUAAAAGCACAGGAUGGAGGCUCCCCUCCACUCAGCAGCAACGUGACAGUGAAAAUCAUGAUCCAGGACCAGAAUGACAACCCUCCUCAGGUCCUGUAUCCAGUCCAGACUGGUGGCUCUGUGGUGGCUGAAAUGGUUCCUCGUUCAGCAGAUGUGGGCUAUCUGGUGACCAAAGUGGUGGCUGUUGAUGUGGACUCUGGACAGAAUGCGUGGCUGUCGUAUAAACUGCAGAAGGCCACAGACAGGGCUCUGUUUGAAGUGGGCUCCCAGAACGGAGAGAUCCGAACCAUCCGCCAAGUGAGUGAUAAAGAUGCAGUGAAACAGAGACUGAGUGUUAUAGUGGAGGACAACGGGCAGCCCUCUCGUUCAGCUACAGUCAUUGUGAACGUGGCGGUGGCGGACAGCUUCCCUGAAGUUCUGUCGGAGUUCAGUGACUUUCCACACGACAAGGAGUACAAUGACAACCUGACUUUUUACUUAGUGUUGGCUCUGGCUGUGGUCUCCUUCCUCUUCAUCACGUGUUUGGUGGUUAUUAUCUCAGUGAAAAUCUACAGAUGGAGACAGUCUCGCAUCCUGUAUCAUUCCAGCCUGCCUGUCAUUCCAUAUUAUCCUCCACGUUACUCAGACACUUUGGGGACAACAGGGACUCUCCAACACGUGUACAAUUACGAAGUGUGCAGGACGACAGACUCCAGAAAGAGUGACUGUAAGUUCGGCAGAGGCGGUAGUCAGAACGUGUUGAUAAUGGAUCCCAGUUGUUCAGGGACGAUGCAGCGGAUGCAGAGUGAGAAGAGCAUCCUGGAUGAACCAGACUCUCCUCUAGAGGUCAGUUGAAAAGUUUUGCUUUGUAUG